AUGUCUUCUGAAAACCAGCCCGUCUACUUCGCGUCGUCCACUGAGCUCGCUGACCUAGGCGCCACGCGUUUUGACCACGAAACCGCGGCUGCAGGCGACAGAGACUCAUCUCUCGACCCUUACCGUGCACCCGUGACCGUGCAAGCCGGCCGUGCCCCGAAGGGUCUCGAAGGUCAGGUGUUUGCCUGGAACACGUUUCAGUUUACCACAACCGACCGCAACGAGAAGGAAGAGAAGAAGGACGACUUGCACGAGGGUCAGUUGCACCGCGAGAACCGCGCCGCGAGGGGAGAGCUGCCUAUGGCGCACGACAACAGGCCUGCUUCCUACGGUAGGGGUGGGGCACGCGGCGGUCGUGGUGGACGCGGUGGGCGCGGUGGUGGAACUUCCGGCCGGGGCGGGGAUAGUGGGCAGUUGGAUGCGCUUUGCGCGGGCAGAAAGCCUGAGGGCAAUGCGCCGCCGCUGGCGAAGGGGUUUGCGGAGGAGCUGGACAAGGAUAUGUUCUGGGACACGCCGAUCUGCUAG